AUGCCUUUCAAAGAUGGCGGCCCUGUUGUUUUGAUGAAUAAUACUUGGUGGGGCGAGGGGGUAAGAGUAGGGUUGGAGGGGUAGGAGGAUUCACGCUCCCAGCGAGGGCUUCGCCAGUCCUGUCCCUCCCCUCCCCCCACCAGGGUUCUUGCGUGGAGGCGGGGAGAGCCUGGCCUGCUUUUUAGAGGGGAGGGGCUUCCCGGUCCAGCGCUCUAGCCGGGCUGCCGUAGGGUCGCGGCGCCUCGGGGGCAUCCAGUGUGCAGCGGAGCCGUUCCCGCCAGGGGCCAAGGGUGGGACCCGGAGCAGGGUCUGCGGGAGAGAAACGCAGCUGCCGCGUCACCGCCACGAAGACACGGCGCGCAGCGGGCACGAGCCGAGCUGGAGACCGCGCCGCCCGCUCUGGGUAACCUGGGAAGCUAGGGGAGUCCGUGGAGCCUGGAGAGGACCCCGUAGCUGUGGUCGUGGCCAGAGGAGGCGGCUCAGGGCGCUUGCAGCUGGAGGAGGAGGAGGAGGUUGGGGCCAUCUGAGCGACCGGAGCCAAGGCGGUUCAGUGCCUCGUGUUCUUAGUUUUUAACCUCUGACUAUGCAAUUCUGAAACCUCCCCCAUUGGGGGGGACCAGACAGCUCGCUAGAUACCUUCCCGUCUCCUUUGCUCCCGCCCUGAUCUCAAGAACUGAGGAUCUCUUCCCUAACGCCUUUCACCAUUAAGAGGAAAGCGAUGGAGGAGCUGAGCGCUGACGAGAUUCGCCGGAGGCGCCUGGCACGACUUGCUGGUGGACAGACCUCCCAACCGAGCACCCCGCUUACGUCUCCCCAGAGGGAGAACCCUCCGGGACCUCCAAUACCUGCAUCAGCCCCAGGCCCUUCCCAGAGUCUUGGUCUCAAUGUCCACAACAUGACCCCAGCUACCUCCCCCAUAGGUGCAGCAGGAGUUGCCCAUCGGAGCCAGAGCAGCGAAGGAGUCAGCUCUCUGAGCAGCUCACCGUCCAACAGCCUUGAGACGCAGUCUCAGUCCCUCUCCCGUUCCCAGAGCAUGGAUAUCGACGGCGUCUCCUGUGAGAAAAGCAUGUCCCAGGUGGAUGUGGAUUCGGGAAUUGAAAACAUGGAAGUGGACGAGAAUGACCGACGGGAGAAAAGAAGCCUGAGCGAAAAGGAGCCUUCGUCGGGUCCUGAAGUGUCCGAAGAGCAGGCCUUACAGCUGGUCUGUAAGAUCUUCCGCGUCUCCUGGAAGGACCGGGGCAGAGACGUCAUCUUCCUUUCUUCUCUUUCUGCGCAGUUUAAACAGAACCCAAAAGAAGUGUUCUCUGAUUUUAAGGAUCUGAUUGGCCAGAUUUUAAUGGAAGUGCUGAUGAUGUCCACUCAGACAAGAGAUGAAAAUCCGUUUGCCAGUCUGACAGCCACAUCUCAGCCUAUUGCCACGGCAGCUCGGUCACCUGACAGAAAUCUCAUGUUGAACACUGGCUCCAAUCCAGGAACAAGCCCCAUGUUCUGCAGCCUGGGCUCCUUCGGCGCCAGCUCGUUGUCUAGCCUCUAUGAAACUAGCCCUGCUCCUGCUGCCAGUUUCUGGAGCUUUGCACCAGGGCUGAGUCCAUCCUUGGCCUCACCUUCCCGUGCAGCCCCCCAGGUGGCUGUGCCUCCCGCAUCCCCGAGCCCUCACAGUGCAGCCCCCCAGGUGGCUGUGCCUCCCGCAUCCCCAAACCCUCACAGGGCAGCCCCCCAGGUGGCUGUGCCUCCCGCAUCCCCAAAUCCUCACAGGGCAGCCCGUCGGGUGGCUGUGCCUCCCACAUCCCUCAGUCCUCACAGUGCAGCUUCUGGAACUGUGGCUGGAAGCCAAGCCUCAUCCCCAAGGUAUCGACCCUACACUCUCAUGCACCCAUGGGGGUCUUCACCUUGCCCCACCCCACGACCCUCCAUUCAGGCUAACUCCCCAGGCUUCCCUGCCCGCCCAAGUAGUCCCCGAGCAGUACCUGUCAGCUCCUCCAGACAGAGACCCCGCAGCAGGGGCCCCGCCUUCCCACCCGGCUCGCCCAGUGCUGCCAGCAGACGUCCCUCCUCCCUGCGGACCUCUCCUAGUUUGGGAGCCUCUGGUGGAGCAAGUAACUGGGAUUCGUACAGUGAUCAUUUCACCAUUGAGACCUGCAAGGAGACAGACAUGCUGAACUACCUCAUCGAGUGUUUUGACCGAGUUGGAAUAGAGGAAAAAAAAGCACCAAAGAUGUGCAGCCAGCCAGCAGUCAGCCAGCUUCUGAGCAACAUCCGCUCGCAGUGCAUCUCCCACACCGCGCUAGUGCUGCAAGGUUCCCUCACACAGCCCAGGUCCUUGCAGCAGCCGUCCUUCCUCGUGCCGUACAUGCUGUGCAGGAACCUCCCGUACGGCUUCAUUCAGGAGCUGGUGAGGACCACUCACCAGGAUGAAGAGGUGUUCAAGCAGAUCUUUAUCCCUGUUUUACAAGGCCUGGCUCUGGCUGCCAAGGAGUGCUCUCUCGACAGUGACUACUUCAAAUACCCCCUCAUGGCACUAGGUGAACUCUGUGAAACCAAGUUUGGGAAGACACACCCUGUGUGCAGUUUGGUCGCCUCUUUGCCCCUGUGGUUGCCGAAGUCUUUAAGCCCUGGUUCUGGGCGGGAGCUGCAGAGACUCUCCUACUUAGGGGCCUUCUUUAGCUUCUCGGUCUUUGCGGAGGACGAUGCAAAGGUGGUUGAGAAAUACUUCUCAGGGCCCACCAUUACCCUGGAAAACACCCGUGUCGUCAGCCAGUCACUACAGCAUUACCUGGAGCUGGGACGGCAAGAGCUUUUCAAGAUUCUGCAUAGUGUGUUGUUAAAUGGCGAAACUCGUGAAGCAGCUCUCAGUUACAUGGCGGCCAUCGUCAAUGCCAAUAUGAAGAAAGCCCAGAUGCAGGCAGAUGAUCGGUUGGUGUCCACAGACGGCUUUAUGCUGAACCUCCUUUGGGUCCUGCAGCAGCUAAGUACAAAGAUCAAGUUAGAAACAGUCGACCCCACUUACAUAUUCCACCCGAAAUGUCGGAUUAAUCUCCCGAACGAUGAGACACGGAUAAAUGCGACGAUGGAGGAUGUGAAUGAGUGGCUGGCUGAGCUCUAUGGAGAUCAGCCUCCAUUUUCUGAGCCAAAAUUCCCUACAGAAUGUUUCUUUCUCACCCUGCACGCUCACCACCUCUCUAUUCUGCCUAGUUGUCGUCGCUACAUCCGCAGACUACGAGCUAUCCGAGAGCUCAACAGAACUGUGGAAGAUUUGAAAAGUAACGAAAGCCAGUGGAAAGAUUCCCCACUGGCCCCCAGACACCGAGAAAUGCUAAAGCGCUGUAAAACUCAGCUUAAGAAACUGGUACGGUGCAAGGCCUGUGCUGACGCUGGCUUACUUGACGAGAGCUUCCUGAGAAGAUGUCUGAAUUUUUAUGGCCUUCUCAUUCAGCUGAUGCUGCGCAUCCUGGACCCUGCGUAUCCCGACAUAACACUGCCUUUAAGUUCAGAUGUCCCCAAGGCGUUUGCAGCAUUGCCUGAGUUUUAUAUAGAGGAUGUUGCUGAAUUUUUAUUUUUUAUUGUACAAUACUCGCCCCAGGUGCUGUAUGAGCCCUGUACUCAGGACAUUGUGAUGUUCCUCGUCGUCAUGCUGUGCAACCAGAACUACAUCCGCAACCCAUACCUAGUGGCCAAACUGGUGGAGGUCAUGUUUAUGACCAACCCCUCUGUCCAGCCUCGAACUCAGAAGUUUUUUGAGAUGAUUGAGAACCAUCCUCUCUCUACCAAAUUGCUGGUACCUUCCCUCAUGAAAUUUUAUACAGAUGUCGAGCAUACCGGAGCCACCAGCGAGUUCUAUGACAAGUUCACCAUUCGCUAUCACAUUAGCACUAUUUUUAAGAGCCUUUGGCAAAACAUAGCUCACCAUGGCACCUUCAUGGAGGAGUUCAAUUCUGGAAAGCAGUUCGUCCGCUACAUCAAUAUGCUGAUAAACGACACGACCUUUCUGCUGGACGAGAGUCUGGAGUCGCUGAAGCGGAUCCAUGAAGUGCAAGAGGAGAUGAAGAACAAAGAGCAGUGGGACCAGUUGCCUCGGGAUCAGCAGCAGGCCCGGCAAUCUCAGCUUUCUCAGGAUGAACGCGUUUCACGAUCUUAUCUCGCGCUGGCAACUGAAACCGUGGACAUGUUCCAUCUCCUUACUAAGCAAGUCCAGAAGCCGUUCCUCAGACCAGAACUUGGACCCCGAUUAGCAGCCAUGCUGAACUUUAACCUCCAGCAGCUGUGUGGCCCCAAGUGCCGGGACCUGAAAGUUGAAAACCCAGAGAAGUACGGUUUUGAGCCAAAGAAGCUGUUGGACCAACUGACGGAUAUUUACUUGCAGCUGGACUGUGCUCGCUUUGCUAAAGCCAUUGCUGAUGACCAGCGAUCCUACAGCAAAGAGCUGUUUGAAGAAGUCAUUUCAAAGAUGCGGAAGGCAGGAAUCAAAUCCAACAUUGCAAUAGAGAAGUUUAAGCUUCUUGCUGAGAAAGUGGAGGAAAUAGUGGCCAAGAAUGCACGGGCAGAAAUUGACUACAGCGACGCGCCGGAUGAGUUUAGAGACCCUCUGAUGGACACCCUGAUGACCGACCCUGUGAGACUGCCCUCUGGCACCAUAAUGGACCGCUCCAUCAUCUUGCGGCAUCUUCUGAACUCCCCCACUGACCCCUUCAACCGCCAGAUGCUGACUGAGAGCAUGCUGGAACCAGUGCCAGAGCUGAAGGAGCAGAUUCAAGCCUGGAUGAGAGAGAAGCAGAGCAGUGACCACUAAGCCGUCCCCAUCGCACUUCUCUGCUGGAAACAGCCACGCCAGCCAGCCAGGCCGAAGCAGCAUCCACCUCAAAGCCGCUGCUCAACCCUGCAGCCAGAUGUGGCCAGAUCCUGAGAGCCCACCCCGAGUGACCAAACAGUGGAGAUCUGAGAGACAUGAUGAGAAGAGGAGCCCGAUUCCUGUACAUAUAUUUAAGUGACAAACUGUCAAAAGCUUGAGGGACAAGUUUUACGAUUGCCUGUGUAGUAAAGCGCGUCCCUCGCCUGUCACACCUGGGGCUGUGGCAACGGAAGUCUUUAGUGAUGGCGAGCGGGUCUGGGCAGCAUCCCCCUGAGCUUUCGUUUUGUUUUGUUUUUUCGAUGUGACUAGAGAACUCGGACAUUUUGCUGCUAAAGAAUCUCCCCCUUCCUCACCCUCCUUGCGCUGUGGGUUUUUUAAAGAGAAACAAAACCAGACUCCUUUCCCGGCCUCCAAACACGUAUUCUGUGAGAUACCUGUGCCUGCGACAAAGUGUUAAUCUUGGGAUCGUAUUUUUAUAUCAUAUUCACAUACUUGUUUUUUUAAUUGGUGUUAGAUGACAUGAUUAAUAAAAAAGGCAAGAUAUUUUCAGAAUUUGAAUUUGUUUUUUUUCCCUUUUGAAAUAGGCCCUUUACAUUUUUUUAUUAUAAACAAAAUGAAGAGAGCCCUGUUGCCCUGGCCUUUCUACCAAGCCCUCGAGUAAGAUUCUGAGGAACAGGUGCAGCAUCGGGAUGGCUGAAGUGGAUCAGGACUCGUGUGACUUGUGGGGUUUGGGGAGGUGAGGGUUGUGUUUUGGUUUUUGUUUUUUUAAUCCAAUGUGACAAUUCCAAGCCUAUUGCCAUUAUCCUCUGGGAAUCAAUAGAUUCCUCAACCCUGGGUUUAUUUGUAUGCUGUGUCCUUUUGGUGUUUGGCCUUACCAAAGCAAAAAAAAAAAAAAAAAGGUAGAAGAAAUGUGAAAAUCUGUCUGCUUGUUUCCAUACCCGGACAAACGCCACCACGCUGGCACACGCGAGCAGAAACCCUUUGUAUUACCGCUCCCUACGCAACAUACUUGAAUUCUUGAACUUCCUGUGGGGUAAAAAAAGGAUUUGAAACCAUAAAGUGUUCUAAGAAAAUGAAAUCUUCAGAAGCAUAUUUUCUUUUCUUCCCCUUCUCCUCUUCUCCACAGACAAUGUGCUCUGUUCAGUUCCCAACACAAACUCCAAUAAAGACUGAUGCCCAUUCGGAAGGA